CUCACGGCCUCAGUCUCAGUUGUAAACAGAAAGAUUAAGCUGUUAUCGGAAGCUAGGGUUCGAUCGGUAGCACGGGGCGCCGUUGCUGCUAAAUGCUGUAGGCGCUGCGCCAAUUCGCGUUCGAUCUCGACAAUUCAGGAGGGGAAAGACGGUAGGAAAUAAUGGAAAAAGAACUGGUUGAGCUGUACGAGGUGGUGAAAAAGGCUGCCGAUGCGGCUGCCGGUGACGGAGCAGAUGCGGAGGAAGAGAGGUGCCUUGAUGGUUUGAAGCAGUUGAAAAAGUUCCCUGUAAGCUAUAAUGUACUUGUCUCCUCUCAGGUUGGGAAAAGUCUUAGGAAGCUAACAAAACAUCCAAGGGAGAAGAUCAAGACUUUAGCUUCUGAUAUAGUUGAGAUAUGGAAGCAAAUAGUUGUAAAAGAGACAAUGAAAAAUAAGAGUAGUGGAAAUGCUGGAAAUGAGAAAUCUGAAAAGGCUGAACCUGCUAUUGCUAGUCCUGUUGAAGCAAAGAGAUAUCAGAGAUCGAACUCCUCCGCUAAGGUAGAUAAAGUUUCAAAACCAGACUCUGAAAAAGUUGAGAGGACACAUCAUUCUGCUUCAGCAAAAUCUGAGAAGGUAAUCAAACCAGAACGACCCUUGUCAGAGAAGAAGGUUGAGAGUGUUGAUGUUGUGAAGACUGGAAAGAGUAGUGCCAGUGCACAUGUGAGGGUUGAGAAGACAACCAAUGCAGGAAAAUCAAGUUCCUUUGGCGCAAAUCCUGCUCCACCAAAGCUUAAUGCCCUUAUUUAUUGCAAGGAUGCAGAUAGGGAUAAGAUCCGGGAACUCAUCGCACAGGCUUUGUGCAAAGUUAUUGAUGAGGUUGAUGAUGAUCUAAAAGCUGAUGUAAAUGCAUGCGAUCCUAAUAGAAUUGCUGUUCAGGUGGAGACUGCUUUGUAUGAGAAAUGGGGCGGUUCUAAAGGUGCUCAGAAGUUCAAGUAUAGAUCAAUAAUGUUCAAUAUCAAGGAUGGAAACAACCCAGAUUUCCGACGAAAAGUCCUCCUAGGUGAAUUCUCACCCCAAUCUGUUCCCGAAUUGACCCCAGAAGACAUGGCAAGCGACGAAAGGCAAAAGGAAAACGAGAAAAUCAAGGAAAAGGCAUUGUUUAAUAGUGAGCGCGGUGGUCGGGGUGUGGCCAGUACCAAUGCUUUCAAGUGUAAAAAAUGUGGGAAGAAGGAAUGCACCUAUUACCAGUUGCAGACUCGCAGUGCUGAUGAACCAAUGACGACUUUCGUCACCUGUGUGAACUGCGACAAUAGGUGGAGAUUUUAGCUGUGUGGUGUAGUUGGGAGCCAUUUGUGACUUAUUUGUGUUACAUGAUGAGCUCAAUAGGUGCCCUUUCUUAAUGACUUAGCUUUAGUUUUAAUCUUUUUUUCAUUGGAAAUGUUUCUUGUAUGCCUUCAUACCUUGUUGGAGUUUAUUAUUUGUUGUAUGAUCUGACAUUCUUUUCAUUAUGUAGUCCUUUUUUAGUGUUUCA